AUGAAUAUUUUAUUGGAUACUAUUACAGAUUCUUCAUGGAAUAUUAGUGAAGAAGAAAAGAAAAAGGGAAGCCAAAUUCUUGAAGAUAUAUUCUCAUCACAAAAGGAUUUUGAAACUUAUUUUUCAUCACAAGCUAUUUCAGGUAGUAUAGUUGAAGAAAUUGCAGAAGUAGAUGCCAAAAUCACAUUGGUAGAAAAGGAUAUACGUAAAGUUUUAAUUGACAAUAAGGAUGAAGUUGUUAAAGAUCUAUUAGGCAAUAAUACAAUGGGAAAAUUGAACGAGUUUCAUAAACAAUUGGAUUUAUUAUGGGAAGUGAAAAAUGGGCCUGAAAAGGAGGAUUCAAUUAAUACAACUAAUAUAAAUUUACCAUCCAAUAUUAUUACUCAGCAGGAAAAUGAUUUAUUGUUGGAUGAUAUAUUGAAUGAAACUGUUGAUUCUGAUAAACGUCACAUAGAUAAUGAUAAAUUAAAAGAACAAGAAGAUGAAUUCCAUAUUGCUAUUAAGAAAUUAAGAGAUAGAAUUAAUAAGAAUAAAGAUGAUGUAAUUAUUGGUAAAGGUACUUUAACCAGUGUUUUAGAUAAUAUUACGGAAAUUACUGAAUUAAUGGAAUUACCCUUUUUAGCAAGGACAUGUAUCAAGACUGGCCAUUAUCAAGAAGCUGUUUUAUUAUAUACACAUACGAAAUCAUUAAUGGUAAAAUUUCAUGGCUCCUCUAUAGUGGAAGGUAUAUGCAAUAAUGUACUUAAUGAGAUCACUACUACCAUGCUAAAUGGAUUAGUUAAAUUACUAUCCACUAAUAUAUCUAUAAAUUCAUUAAAGAAGAUUCUAAAAUAUUUAUCAUCUAUACCCCCAUUUGACGAUAAGGAUACGUCUUCAUUAUUACAAGUUUUCCUUGCGAUGAGAUUUAAUUUUAUUCAAAAAGAGAUUUCAUCCUUUUCAUUAGAUACAAAUCCAUCGAAUGAAACUUUAAUGGAAAUCAUGAUUAAGAGGAAAAUUGAAGUGUUAAGAGAACAUACUUAUACAUCUUUAAACAUUUUCCCCACCACUUUUACUUCGAUUAAAGAGGAUGUCUAUAUCCCAUUAAAGAAGGAAUUAGAUAUAAAUAUCCCAAUAGAAGACAAUAAACCAAAUGAAACGGUUGCUACUGAGGGUGCUACUACUGAGGGCGCUACUACCGAGAGUUCUACUACCGAGCAUGCUAUAACUAAGAAUGAUACAGCCGAAAAUGCUACUACAGAACAUGCUACAACCGAAAGUGAUGCACUUGAAAAUGCCACAUUUGAAGAUAAUAAAGGUGCCACAGAAAAUUCAGCAAAGAAAGCAGAAACCGAUGAACUCCAAUCAACUGAUGAAGAUACUAGCACUCCAAUUAAGCAAGGACACGUUAAACAAGACACCAGCUCGAACAAUGACGCUAUAGAAGAGUCAAAAGACCAAAAAGAUUUGAUUACAAAGGAAAAUGAUUCUAAGUCAUUAUACGAGUCAAAAAAAGAUGGAAAGAUUACUACAGAAGAAGAAAAAUCUGUCAUAAAAGAAAAAGAGUCCCUUGUAGAAAUUACAAUGCACCCUAAAGAACCUAAACCUAUUGAGCCAAGACGAAACACGUUAACCUCUACUGAAAAAAAAAUUCCCACCAAUCCAUUCAUGCUUCAGUUUGUUAACGAAUGUAUAGGGUUCCUUCUAAAAGACCUCACCUCUGCCAAACUGGACACUCCACUGACUGAGUCCGUAUACUUACAACUCAUCUAUUGUUCCUUCCGUCUCAGAGAUCUUAAUGUUAACUACCAUCGCUUAUUCCUAAACAAACUUGGUGAGACUAAACUCUUUACCACUUCACAAAUACGAAACGCCAUCCAGAAGAGAUAUGAGCUUGCCAGCAAGUACACCUAG